AGCUUUAUCUUUCUUUUUAAUGGCAUAUUUAUACAGGCACAGCAUACUUUGAUCAUUCCCCCUGUUGUUUUCUUUACCACCUGCAUUAGCCUUUAGUGCCUGAACUUUGAUUUUUAGAGCUGGUCACAUGGUUUGCAAUAGUUGUCAGGUUUUCUUGGAACUGGUUUGGCUUCCAGUCCUUCCUGUCCAGCUCUGUCCCACUAGCAGCCUGUGGGAAAACGAGCCAGCAGCACACUGGCUUGGGUGUACUGGAGGUUGGGCGUACUGGAGCUUGGAUGUACUGGAGCCAAGCCCACUGGCAGGCGUUCAUGCAGAAGCGAAUGUGAAACUCUCCCGGAAAAGCUCCAACUGACCCAGAAAGAGCUCGCCCCGCACUAGCCAUGGCGGAACUGUGCCGCACAGACUCCACACUGACGGCCCUGGAUGAGGACGCACUGUGGGAGAUGAUGGAAAGCCACCGCUACAGGAUCGUGCGGAGCAUCCACCCCAGCCGCCUCACCCCCUACCUACGCCAGGCCAAGGUGCUGAGCCAGCUAGACGAGGAGGAGGUCCUGCACAGCCCCCGCUUUACCAACAGCGCCAUGAGAGUCGGGCACCUGCUGGACUUGCUGAAGAUGCGAGGAAAAAAUGGGGCCAUUGCCUUCCUGGAGAGCCUGAAGUUCCACAACCCCGAUAUCUACACCUUGGUCACUGGCCUACAGCCGGACGUGGACUUCAGCAGCUUCAGCGCAGGCCUCAUAGAGACGUCCAAGCUGACUGCAUGCCUGGCUGGGGCCAUUGGCAGCCUGCAGGAGGAGCUGGCCCAGGAGAAGGCCCAGAAGGAGCUGCUACUGCGGCAGUGCCAGCAGUUGCAGGAGCGCCUGGGCCUGGCUGAGGCUCAUGUUGAGGGCCUGCGCCAGCUGGAGUCUGACCACAGUCGCAUGAAGCACGAGGCCAGCACCCAUUUCCACGAGGUGUUGAAGCUGAAGGACGAGAUGCUGAGUCUCUCACUACGCUACAGCAAUGCGCUGCAGGAGAAGGAGCUGGCCACCACUCGCUGCCGCGGCCUGCAGGAGGAGCUGUACCUGGCAAGGCAGGAGCUGCAGCGGGUGGAUAUGGUGUCUUCCUGUGAAUGGGAAUUCCGAGAGAGGUCCCUGAAGAUGACCAGUGAUCUGGAGUCGGGGGACGAGGAGCUGAGCCGCCUGAAGGAGGAGAACGAGAAGCUCCGCUCGCUGACCUUCAGCCUGGUGGAGAAGGACAUUCUGGAGCAGAACCUGGAUGAGGCCCUGGAGAGCAAGCAGGAGCUGGUGGCCCGCAUCCACUCACUUCGGGAGCGGGCGGUGGCCGCAGAGAAGCAGCGGAAGCAGUACUGGGAGGAGAAAGAGCAGACCCUGCUGCAGUUCCGGAAGACACAGGUGGACUGUGAGCUAUACAGGGAGAAGAUGAGCACGCUUCAGGGCCAGGUGGCCGAGCUGCAGAAGGAGCGUGACCAGGCAUACGCUGCUAGGGACGGAGCCCAGAUGGAGAUUUCUCAGAGCCUGUUGGAGAAGGACUCCCUCCGCAGGAAAGUGUUCGAGCUCACGAACCAGGUCUGUGAGCUGCACACUCAGCUGCGCAAGCUGCAGGCAGAGCCCACGGCUGGGCCCAAGCAGGAAGCCGAGGCCAGGUUGCCCUGUCCACGGGGGAAGCAGAGGCUGGCACGGAUGCAUGCCGUAUGCCCUAGGGAGGACAGUGACAGUAGCCUCCAAGGCUCCACUGAGUCCCAGCUCUGGUGGGACCUGAGUGUCACAUCCAGCCAUGAGCUAGCAGACAGCUUCCGCUCCAGCAGCCCUGUGCCUCCGAGCCAGCAGUCCCUGUAUAAGCGGAUGGCAGAGGUCUUCAGGGAAGAUCCCGAAUCUUUAAGCAGCUUCCCAGAAAUCCUCAAGGUGGACCCAGGAGUCCUUCCAGGGACUAACGUGGAUGACACAGAACUGGAUUAUGAGAUCCUCGACAAGGCAGACCUCCCUGAGUCUGAGGGCAGCCUGCAGUGUUCUUCCAGAAGCCUCAACAUCCCAGAAAGCAGCAUCCCCGUGCGGCGGAGGCCAGCGCGCAAGAUCCUGAGUCAGGUCACAGUGCUGGCGUUCCAGGGGGACGCACUGCUGGAGCAGAUUAGCGUCAUCGGCGGAAACCUCACGGGUAUCUUCAUUCACCGGGUCACCCCGGGAUCAGCAGCAGAUGAGAUGGCCUUGCGCCCAGGCACCCAGAUUGUGAUGGUGGACCAUGAGGCAUCAGCACCCUCGUUCAAGGCUGCCCUGGAGAAUACCACGCUGGAGCAGGCAGUCAGGCUCCUCCAAAGGGUGACCGGCUUCUGCUGCCUGUCUGUGAAGGUCAACACUGAGGGUUAUAAGAAGCUGGUCCAGGACCUGGAGGCCAAAGUGGCAACUUCAGGGGACUCAUUCUACAUCCGGGUCAACCUGGCCCUGCAAGGGAAAGCUGAGGGGGAGCUGCAGGUAUACUGCAAUGAUGUCCUGCAUGUCACCGACACCAUGUUCCAGAGCCGCAGCUGCUGGCACGCACACCGUGUCAACCCAUACACCAUGAAGACUGCAGAGCACGGUGCCAUCCCCAACUACUCACAGGCUCAGCAGCGCCUCAUUGCCCUCAUCCAGGACAUGACUCAGCAGUGCACAGUCACCCGCAAGUCUUCUGGGGGCCCACAGAAGUUGGUGCGCAUUGUGAGCAUGAACAAGGCCAGCCCCACAAGGUCAUCCUUUGACGAGAGCCAGCUGGACCCCAGCAGGGUGGAAGACCAUGCCAACGUGUGCUUCUGGGCAGAGAGCUGCUUCACCCUGGCGCCCUACACCCUGGUGCACCCCCACAGGCCCAGCCAGCCCAGACCCGUGAUCUUCUUGCCCAGGAUGGUUGGGAAGAUCCUGAGCAGAAAGCUGUGCCUCCUCCAAGGCUUUAAGAAGUGCCCAGCAGAGUACUUGAGCCAGGAGGAGUAUAACACCAGGAGCCAGAGAGGGGACAUCAUCCAGGAGGGAGAGCCGUACGGUGGUCACUGCUGGGUGACCCGCCAAGCUGUAGAGUCACUCAUGGAGAAGAACACCCACGCUCUUCUAGAUGUCUGGCUGGACAGGGUCUGUGUCCUGCACAGGAUGGACAUCUUCCCCAUCAUUGUCCAUGUCUCUAUCAAUGAGAAGACGGCAAAGAAACUCAGGAAGGGCCUGCAGCGGCUCAGUGUCUCAGAGGAGCAGCUCCUGGAGGCAACCAGGCAGGAGGAGGGGGAGCUGGACAAAGUGCCCUGCCUGUACAGCAGCCUGGCUCCUGACAGCUGGAGUGACCUGGACGGGCUGAUGGGCUGUGUUCGCCUGGCCAUUGCAGACGAGCAGAAGAAGGUGGUGUGGACAGAGCAAAGCCCCUGAUGAUGACAUCAUGCCCCUCCUGGGGCUAUGGGACCUCUACGUGCCUGUGAAUGCUCCUUUGAGCCAGGGCCUUGGGGCACAGCUGGGGCUGCUCAACACACAAGCCCAGCUGUCCCCUCCCCUGGGAUCACACUGUGCACCCUCACCUCCUGUGGGUCAUAAAUGGUCAAGUCCCUCUACCUGCUCAGCCCUCUGUAGAAGCCAUCCUCUUCCAGGGCCGGUGUGGGCUCACUGAGGGGCCCUGAAAACCUCUCUGCGGGGUGUCGGGGGGGUGCUUCCCAAGCCUCCCCAGACCUCUUGGGACACCUGCAUAAGUGCUUGUCUGAUUGUGGGGCCUGUUCUUCCUUUCACAUUCAAAGUGUCAAUGGGCACCUUCUGAGCCAACUGGAGCUGCCACCCCUACCCAAGACAGAGGCACAGAGCUGUACAGGGUAACUAACCCUAGCGGGCUUUGCUCAGUUCCUGACGGCUAACAGCUGCCUUGACACCACUGGGUAACACACCGGUGUAGUCACUUUUGAACAGAGUCCCUGUGGUGGCACAGUGUGUGCAGUCUGUGCCUUGUGGCUUCUACACCUGGCUCUGGGGACACAGGAACGUCCUGGAGAGCUGGGCACAGAUGCCAUUGGACAUGACCAGCAAAGUCUUCCUGAGAACCACUGGGCUGAGAACUGCAGCCUCCCAACCCUUGUCUGGACCCAGCAUCCUCACCCCACUUGCAGGGUGUGGGAACAACUCAGCCUGGUCCCGGUAAGCACCCCACCUGCCCGACUCCCACCUCCGAGGACUGUUGCACACUAAAUGUCAUUUGGACAGUGUCUCGGCAUUGGGACAUUAUGCCAGAAUUCAAGUUAAUAUUAUCAUAAAUGAAUUCAGUAAAUAAA